UUAGUUUUGCAUGUUCCCAUCCAUCCUGCACGACGCGAAAGGGCCCCUUAUCCACCUCUCCUGUGUACUAGGAACACCUCCACUGGUGAUCAGCCUUUGCCUGUGUUUGUCUUGUGGAGAAGCAGCAGCACCUUUUCAGGAGUGGGUUUUUUAUUCAACAAGAAGUCCUGAAGGUUUUGGAUGCGGUGCUUCAGGGAUGUGGGCACUUUGAGAGCAGCAUCACCCACAAACACAAACAACUGCCAUCGAUUUUUCUGUGAAUAGCACAAAAAAAAAGAAAAGAAAAAAAAACAGAGGAACAAUAGCAACACAAAAAAAUCUUGUCUAUUGAACAAUUCACUUUUCCAGUCUGUGGAUACCGCUCUAACUAAGUACAGCACUUUGAGAAUUGUUCACAUCGGACGGACUGAAGAGGGAGGCAAGACCUGUGGACCGGGUUUUCCCUCGCAAGUCUGAAUCGGCUCUCGCUACUUAUCCCGUGAAAAAAAAAACCCUGAAGGAUAACACGCUUGGACGUUUAUUUGCCUAAUUUCGCAGGAGGCUCUUUUUCACGCAAAUUGUCCUAAAUGUUUGGGAUUCAGGAAACUAUACCGCGGGGUGGGACGACGAUGAAGGAGGAACCGCUGGGUGGACUGAACUCGGUCCGCUCCUGGAUGCACACAGCUGGGGUGGUGGAUGCAAACACAGCCGCCCAAAGCGGUGUCGGCUUGGCACGGGCACAUUAUGAAAAGCAGCCCCCUUCCAACCUCAGAAAAUCCAAUUUUUUCCAUUUCGUCCUGGCGCUGUAUGACAGACAGGGUCAGCCCGUGGAGAUCGAAAGGACAGCUUUUGUGGACUUUGUGGAGAAAGAAAAAGAACCAACCAGUGAAAAAACUAACAAUGGGAUACAUUACAAACUACAGUUAUUGUACAGUAACGGCGUCAGAACAGAACAGGAUCUUUACAUACGGUUAAUCGAUUCCAUGACGAAGCAGGCCAUAGUUUAUGAGGGUCAAGACAAGAAUCCAGAAAUGUGCAGAGUUCUUCUUACUCAUGAAAUUAUGUGCAGCCGAUGCUGUGACAAGAAAAGCUGUGGAAACAGGAACGAGACUCCCUCAGACCCAGUGAUCAUUGACAGAUUCUUCCUAAAGUUCUUUCUCAAGUGCAAUCAGAACUGUCUGAAGAAUGCAGGGAAUCCACGAGACAUGCGCAGAUUCCAGGUUGUCGUAUCGACGACCGUCAAUGUGGACGGCCAUGUCUUGGCUGUCUCUGACAACAUGUUUGUACACAACAAUUCCAAGCAUGGGCGAAGGGCUCGCAGACUCGACCCUUCAGAAGGUACGCCUCCUUAUCUGGAGAAUGCAGCCACCCCAUGCAUCAAGGCUAUCAGUCCCAGUGAGGGAUGGACCACUGGAGGUGCCACUGUCAUCCUCAUAGGGGACAACUUCUUCGAUGGCCUACAAGUUGUGUUCGGCACCAUGCUUGUAUGGAGUGAGCUCAUAACUCCCCACGCCAUCCGCGUCCAGACUCCACCUCGGCACAUUCCCGGUGUUGUGGAAGUAACGCUGUCCUACAAGUCCAAGCAGUUCUGCAAAGGCGCCCCUGGAAGAUUCGUCUAUACCGCCCUGAAUGAGCCAACCAUCGACUAUGGGUUCCAGAGGCUGCAGAAGGUCAUCCCCAGACACCCCGGCGACCCUGAGAGGUUACCAAAGGAGGUGUUACUGAAGAGGGCGGCUGAUCUCGUUGAAGCCCUGUAUGGAAUGCCUCACAACAAUCAGGAGAUCAUUCUGAAGAGGGCAGCUGACAUCGCAGAGGCCCUGUACAGCGUUCCCCGCAACCACAACCAGAUCCCCUCUCUCGCUAACACAGCCUCCCACGGCAUGAUGGGAGUCAACUCCUUCAGCAGCCAACUAGCAGUCAAUGUGUCUGAGUCACAAGGAAAUGACCAAGUGGGUUACAGCCGGAACACCAGCAGCGUGUCCCCCAGGGGCUACAUCUCCAGCAGCACCCCACAGCAGUCGAGCUACAACACCGUCAGCAACAGCAUGAAUGGCUACGGCAAUGCCGGUAUGAACCUGGGAGUGCCAAGCUCCCCUGGGUUCCUCAACGGAUCCUCUGCCAACUCCCCAUAUGGAAUUAAACAAAAGAGCGCCUUCGCCCCUGUGGUCCGACCCCAGGCCUCCCCACCCCCCUCCUGCACCAGCGCCAACGGCAACGGACUGCAAGGUGAGCCCCCCUCACCCCCUCAUCCCUUCCCUACGGACUACUGGUCAGAUACCGCUGCUCAGGCCUCUGUCCGGUUUGCCAUGUCCGGCCUAGUUGUCCCUCCAAUGUAAAUGCACUUUCGUCAUCUCAAGCACCAGUCUACCCACUACCACUUCACAGGGCACCCCCUCAGCACACUGCAAAAGGCUGGUGCAAUGUAUAGUCCACCGCUUGUUCUGUUUUUGAAGACGAAGAAAAAAAAAAAGAAAGAAAAGAA